CACACACACACAAAAGGAAAGAAAAGAAGAGAAGAGAAAAGGUGGGGGCGCGAGCGCGAGGCGGUCCGUAUCUCACCGCCUGGGAACCUUUCGCUGCGCGUCCAUGUUGCCGCCCGGACCGUUUUUCGGACGAGCAGCGGGGCGCUCAGGCGCUGUGACAGCGCACACCGAGCGCGAAGAGGAAGCAGAAGCAGCAGCAGCAGCAGCAGCAGCUUCGCUCUCCCAGUUCGUCGGACCUUUCUUCUUCUUUCUCCUCCUGCGGGUUCCGAGCACGAAGCUCCGCCGGGAGCGCGCAGCGAGCCCUUUUCCCUCACGUCGGGGACGACGCGGCCAUGACGACGGCGGACUCGCGCAGCAGGGCGCGCGCGGGCCUCGGAGGUGUGCUGUCGUCCGUGUCGCUGCUCUGCGUCCUGCUGGACCUGCAGGUGGACGGUGUCCUGGGCGCGACGCACGUGGAGAUCGAGCAUCACCUGGAGAUGGGCCGCAAGCUGCUGGCGGCGGGGCAGCUGGCCGAGGCCUUGUCCCACUACCACUCGGCCGUAGAGGGCGACUCCAAGAACUACCUGACGUACUACAAGCGAGCCGCCGUCUUCCUGGCCAUGGGCAAGUCCAAGUCGGCGCUGCCCGACCUCAGCCGCGCCAUCCAGCUCAAACCGGACUUCCUGGCUGCGCGGCUGCAGAGGGGUAACAUCCUCCUGAAGCAGGGAAACACACACGAGGCCAAGGAGGACUUUGAUGCUGUGCUGCGGGGAUCGGGGGAGCAUGGCGAGGCUCACGAGCAGCUCCUGAAAGCUGAUGAGCUGGAGAUGCUUCAGGAGGAGGUGCGGAGCACCCACCUGCAGGGGGACUACAUGGGUGCGGUCAGCGUGCUCGAUCGGGUCAUUGAGAUCUCACCUUGGGACCCAGAGGCGAGGGAGCUGCGUGCCGACUGCUACAUCCGCCUGGGCGAACCACGCAGAGCCAUCCAGGACCUGAUUCCGACCACGCGGCUUCGGAACGACAACCGUGCUGCCUUCCUGCAGCUCAGCAGGCUGUACUACGGUCUGGGGGAUCACCAGGAGGCGCUCAGCCAGGUGCGCGAAUGUCUCAAGCUGGACCAGGACGAUAAGGAGUGUUUGUCGCACUACAAGCAGGUGAAGAAGCUCAGCAAGAUGCUGGACUCUGCCGAGGAGCUUGUAUCCGAGCACAGGUACCAGGAGGCCAUGGAGAAGUACGAGUUGGUGACGAGGACGGAGCCCCACGUGCCCUUCUACACAGACAAGGCCAAGGAGAGGAUCUGCCACUGCCUGGUCAAGAAUCAACGGGCCCACGAGGCCGUGGACGUGUGUUCGGAGGCCCACCAGAGGGACCCGAGGAACGUCAACGUUCUUAGGGACCGGGCCGAAGCCUUCAUCCAGAACCAAGACUAUGAAAAAGCUGUGGAGGACUAUCAGGAAGCCAAGGAGCUUGAUGGUGAGAACCAGGAGAUUCGCGAGGGCCUGGAGAGGGCGCAGAAGCUCCUCAAGCUCUCACGGAAGAGAGACUACUACAAGAUCCUGGGCGUAAACAGGAACGCCAACAAGCAGGAGAUCAUCAAGGCGUACCGGAAGCUGGCUCAGCAGUGGCACCCGGACAACUUCCAAACGGAGGAGGAGAAGAAGGAGGCGGAGAAGAGGUUCAUCGACAUCGCCUCGGCCAAGGAGGUUCUCACGGACCCAGAGAUGCGGCAAAAGUUCGACGCAGGAGAGGACCCCCUGGACCCCGAGAGCCAGCAAGGUGGCGGGGGCGGUGGCGGGGGGCAGGGCUGGCCCUUCCACUUCAACCCCUUUGGCUCCGGCGGCAGCUUCCAUUUCAAAUUUCACUACAACUAGAUUGGGGGGAGCGACGGGGGUGGAGGCCGAGCUUCCAGUGGGAACGUGCAUUCUGGAUGUUAACCCCCGACCCCAACCUGCACUGGGGGACUGAGAUGGCAGAAGGGCCUCUGCCCCAUUGCACCCGUUGGCGUAGGCUUCCCCAAGGCGGUCGACUGCUGAGACCCUCAUCAGCUGGGGGGGGGAUGUGGGGGGUGUGACCGCAGAGCCUGACUUGGGCCUCCUUUCUUCUCACUGCCUAACUUGUCUUUCCUGGGCUCUUCGUUCUUUCUCUCGGCGCCUCGUUCACCAGCAGCCCCCCACCCGCCACAACUCGGCCUUUUAUCGGAGUAUUUCUGUACCGCGGUCUACCCGCAUCACCGAGCCACUCGGGUGUUCCACUGCGGAGCCUUCCAGCUGUGGGCGGGAACCACGUUAGGGGGUGUGGUGGGGCCGGCACCUGGGCUGAGCCGGAACGUUCCGGACUCCCUGUGUUGUCAAGCGUCUCUAUCCACUAGAGCUUCGCGUUUGGGGUGUUUCUCCUGCUUCCCUUGAACAUGAAGGCAUGUCGUGGACGAGUUGCACUUGUUUGUCGCGCGUUUGCCAUCCGAUGGGACGCUCGGCCCUCUGGCUCCUUUUGGCUGUAGGGACACGUUGAGCUACCAGCAGUUCUGCUGCAGCACGACUUCCGAUUAAAGCUAAAGCUUCUACCGCGGUGGAUGUACAGAUGUAUUUCACCUGUGGACGUCUGCUGUAGACGGUCCCCGUGACAGGCCACCCGAGAUGAACGUGUUAAAGGUAAAAUCAGGGUUUACUGAACUUCUCUCUAGACCUGGGCUCACAAUGGGUUUUUUUUUUUUUUUCUUCCUGCCUGUGAUUAAAAGUAUAAAAACUGCUUUAUUUGUAAUAGUUUAUAUGAGAAGCUUAAAGAGAAAUAUUUCAAUGUUCCAAAAAGAUAAUUAAAGAGAGCUUGGAAAGAAAACAACU